AUGAUCGCUACUGAUUUAGGGUUUGAGGAGAAUUGCAAGAGGGUCGUUGAGGAAGUUGUGAACGCCUUUGGACGCAUCGACGUGCUUGUGAAUUGUGCAGCUGAGCAGCAUGAGGUUUCGAUUGAAGAUAUCGAUGAGGCCAGGCUUGAGAGAGUGUUUCGUACCAACAUCUUCUCACAGUUUUUCUUGGUCAAGUACGCGCUGAAGCACAUGAAGGAAGGGAGCAGUAUCAUCAAUACGACGUCGGUUGUUGCAUACGGAGGAAACUCAAGCUUACUAGAGUACACAUCUACUAAAGGAGCCAUUGUUUCCUUCACACGUGGCUUAGCUCUUCAGCUUGCACCAAAAGGUAUUCGUGUGAACGGAGUAGCUCCUGGUCCGGUCUGGACUCCACUGAUAACCGCAUCCUUCUCUGACGAAGCGAUCAAGCAGUUU